AAACCUGUCACUUCCUGCGCAGCUGUGUUGAGUUGUGAUUGGAAGUGGAGUUCACUGAAGUGCCACACAGAGAAAUGGAAAUAUAAGGGCUCUUAUUUAGUGUUUCCACCUUCAAAACAAUCUUGGAAGCUUGUAUUUUCUUGUAUAUCCUGGGAAGUCCGAGUACAAGACUACAAGACGAGAAGCAAAGCGAGGAGAAAGCCAGCUAGCUUGUUUGACUGCUGGUGGUCUGUCAGUGGGGCUGCAGGCUAAACUAAUGGAAGAUGGAUUUCCUCUGUGAAAUAGUUCAAGCCUUGGUCGCAUUGGCAGCUCUAGGGUUUAUUGUGGUGCUCAUAAUAGUCCACGUCACUGCCGGGAUGGUGAACCUGACACGCCACGAGAAGGAGAAAUACUUCCUCACUGCGACAGGAGAGAAGGAGCUUUUCCCCAGCCUGCAUGAUCCCCAUUCCAGGGAGCUCUCUGUGGUGAUACCGGCCUACCAAGAGGAACUCCGAAUGCCUGUGAUGUUGGAUGAAGCUACAGAGUACCUGGAAAACAGACAGAAACAGCAUCCCUCUUUUACCUAUGAGGUCAUUGUGGUUGACGAUGGCAGCAAAGACAAAACCACAGAGGUUGCUUUGCGGUACUGCAGGAAGUACGGUGCUGAUAAAGUGCGGGUCCUGACGCUGGUGGAGAACAGGGGUAAAGGAGGAGCUGUGCGGAUGGGAACUCUGAGCUCCAGAGGGAAAUUCAUUCUGAUGGCAGAUGCUGACGGAGCCACAAAGUUUUCUGACAUUGACAAAGUGGAGGCUGGACUGAACGAGCUCAACCCUAAACCGGAGAACAUGGCAAUUUCCUGUGGGUCGAGAGCUCACCUGGAGCAAGACUCGGUAGCUCAGCGAUCUAUGUUUCGUACAUUCCUGAUGUAUGGCUUUCACUUCCUGGUGUGGUUCCUCUGUGUGAGAGGGAUCAAGGACACACAAUGCGGCUUCAAGCUUUUCACACGUGAGGCUGCGCUCAAGACCUUCUCUUGUCUCCAUGUAGAACGAUGGGCUUUUGAUGUGGAGCUCCUGUAUAUUGCCCAGUGUUUUAAAAUCCCCGUAGCAGAGGUGGCGGUCAACUGGACUGAAAUAGAAGGAUCCAAGCUGGUCCCGUUUUGGAGCUGGCUGCAGAUGGGACGAGACCUGAUCAUCAUUCGCCUGCGCUACUUCACCGGAGCCUGGAAGCUGCAGUCACCACAGAAGACUGACUAGCCAAUCAGACGAGCCCUGGUGUCUCGUAGAGACAGCCUGUGAUAGGGUCAUCACACCUUUGGAUGAGGUGGGAUUGACAACUGUGUCUAUCAUUCACUGUAAUCAAGAACAAAGUACAGUUUAUCACAUAUUUUUCCUGUCCAGACACAGUUGGGAGUUCUUCAUGGCCCUGCCUUUUUUUAUAUUUGGAUUAUGGCUUGUGAUGGCCGCCGUUACACGCACAUUUCUGUUGCCACGGCUUACAGAAUGUCCGUACGACUGAUCCGCGUACUAAGUUACUUGAUGUUUAUUUUGUGGCCAAUCAGCUGUAAGUGAGAGAGACUCGUAGUGAAAUGUGGAGGAUCUGAUAAUCUUGUAGAAUUAAUGUUACUAUGUGAGAUUUUCAAAAGGGAGGGAGUGUAUUUCUGAGGAAACAUGGCCGUGGGUUGAUGGGCUGGAUGACUUGAACCAAAAUAAAAAUGUCUAUGAUUUAUGA